UGACCUUUCCGGGGCUCCGUAGUCCUUCCUCCUCGCUACCUGUUAGGUGUUAAAGAUGGCGGAAGCUCCUCCAUGGCCCAGCCGGUUCUUCUGUCACAGAUGCUCCGCGGAGAUCAGCCCUCGGCUUCCCGAGUAUACGUGUCCGAGAUGUGACUCCGGCUUUAUCGAGGAGCUACUGGAGGAGAGGAGCGCCGACAAUGGCGCCACGUCUACCAUCUCCAGCGGGCCCCAGAACCAGCAACCAUUUGAGAAUCCAGACCAGCACAUGUUUACAUUCCCGUCUGGUUACGGCCAGUUUGCUCUGGGCGUCUUCGACGACCGCUUCGACUUCGGGGCCGGACUUGGACCGGAGGAUAACAGAGAUGCCGAAAACAGGCGAGAAAGGGAAACGGCGUCGCGGCAACGAUAUGGUGCCAGGCAACCGAGGAGUCGCCACGGCUCGAGGCGACAGGCAGGGAGGCCCGAGGGAGUUCCCACGCUGGAGGGAAUCAUUCAGCAGCUCGUGAAUGGAAUAAUUGCGCCGACCGCAAUGCCAAAUAUUGGUGUUGGACCCUGGGGUGUUCUUCACUCAAAUCCUAUGGAUUAUGCCUGGGGGGCUAAUGGACUAGAUGCAAUCAUUACUCAGUUAUUAAACCAGUUUGAGAACACGGGACCUCCGCCAGCCGACAGGGAUAAAAUAAAAACUCUGCCUACAGUACAAAUUACAGAAGAGCAUGUUGCGUCGGGACUGGAAUGCCCGGUGUGUAAAGAAGAUUACAGCGUCGGAGAAAAUGUGAGGCAGCUCCCGUGCAAUCACAUGUUCCACAAUGAUUGCAUCGUGCCGUGGCUAGAACAGCAUGACACUUGUCCAGUGUGCAGGAAAAGCUUGUGUGGACAGAACACUGCAACGAACCCUCCGGAGCUAUCAGGGAUGAACUUUACCUCCUCUUCCUCUUCCUCGGCCUCCUCCUCUUCCUCGACCCCUCAGUCCUCGAGUUCGGCCAGCAACGAGAACUCCACGGAUAACUCGUAGAGGCGCUGCGAGCUGCUCGCGGCUCCUCGGCCGCUGUUCUUCGGAGCGGUGACCUCCCGUCUCUCCCUGCUGUGGGGGCAGAGACCCGAGUGCAUCGCGCCAGGAUCGCUCAGGUCUGAUUCGAGGGGUUUGGUGGGGGCGGGGGGGGCCGGGGGGAGAGGCAAGCGAUACGCGAGGGCCAUGUAGUUCUGCCCUUCCCGUUGCUCCCAUCUUCGUCAGGGAUCCGAACAAAGGGAGGGCGGCGGCCCCUGUCGGGAAGGGUAAGGAGGAGCAUGGGAACUUGAAGAGGCUCGAUCCGCCUAAAUCACCUCACACAGGAAGAGAGAGCGAAAGCAUCCAAAGGUAGACGACUCGGGACGACAGUCGCUGUUCCUUUUUUUUUUUUUUAAAUCCCCAGACUGUGUGAAAUAUUAAAUGACCCACUAUUGCUAAUGAUGCAAAGCCAAUUUUAUCCCUAUUCCUUUGUAUAAGUAGUAUUCAUAACUCACAGAUGAAAUUACCACAAGUGCACCGUUAAAAGCGUGCAAAGUUUCUUCUUGGUUUAGAAUUAUGCUACAUUUGAUUUUUUUUUUUCCAAAACAAAAUCCCAAAUAGUUUGUACGAUUAACCUCCGGAUUACCUGUUAGGUCACAGGUACAAAUGUUUGCACUUGAAGUUGCAGUAAGUCGAUGCUGUUUGGAUAACAACAUGGAUAUCAUCUCUAAAUUACACUCACAUGGAUUUUUUUUUAAUUUUCUCUAUAAGCCUGAAACUUGUCAGAGCAUUUCGGGGGAUUUUAAUAUGUUAAAUUGGAUAUUUUCUGAAGUUGCCAGUUGACUAUUGAUUUGCAGUAUGAUUGUGUGAAAUGAAAAUAAAGUUGUUUUUGGGUGCCACCACUCAAACUGUCUGUUAA